AUGCAGGAUGCCCCAUCGUUCAGCUACCGGGAUUCUUCGAGGCCAUGGAACAUAGUAUGUCAAUCAAUUUGCCUUGCUGCAAGUGCUCUAGUCAUGGCUAUGAGGAUUUAUACGAAGUUCUUCUUAAGGCGGUCUGCAAGCUGGGAAGACUGUAUGUGCCCGAUAUUAGGAGCAGGAAACCACAGGCUAACUUUGAUUGUGACAGAUACUUGCCUCAUUGCUUCGGUGUGCUUUAUAGGAUAUGCUAUUAUUGCUUUGGAAGCCGAUAAAGUGGGUAGCGGUAUCCAUGUAGCAGAGGUUGCUAAAGAAGAUCUGGCGAAAUAUGCCAAGCUCGCCAACGCGUCGCAGAUCAUGUACGGCCCCCUGAUAUUCAUCACCAAGCUGUCCAUCCUAUUGCUUUACAUCCGCGUUUUUGCUCCGGCCAAGAAAAGUUGGAUGUACAUCUUUAUCCACGGGCUUCUCUGGUUCAACGCCGCAUUCUACCUGACGGACACCCUCCUCGAGAUUUUUGCGUGCGUGCCUCGCGAGAAAAUCUGGAACCCUGAUGUACAUGGGUAUUGUGUCAAUGUGAAUGCGAUGAUCUUGGCGACCGCUAUCCUGAAUACCAUUUCAGACUUCUCGCUACUGAUACUACCCAUAUUCUCUGUCUGGCGUCUACAUAUGCAAAAUACUCAGAAAUUGGGUAUUUCAGCCAUCUUCGCCGCUGGCCUCUUCGCGUGCCUUUCAAGCGCUAUGCGCAUUAGCAUCAGUGUGCAGAAGAACAACACAUCUGAUAGGACAUACGACUGGUUCCCUGAGUUUCUCUGGACAUCUGCCGAGAUUAGUGCCGGUAUCAUUGCUAGCUCGUUGCCUGCAGUCCCAUCGUUCUUCCGCCAUGUCAAGGGGAAAGUCACCACUGUCAUUGGUAGUGAGGUGAAAAGCACCAGCAGAUCAAACCGACACAGUCUGUUCAAAAGGCAAAUGUGGAGUUCCAACAGGGGGCCGGGGUGGAAGAAUGGCCACGGAGAGAUCAUACCACAAAUGGAAUUCAAUGAGCUGGAUGAACUACAUGAAUGGCAAUGCCGUGGCUCGCGACUGGUAGAUAAUAGGAUUGGCACCCGCGAAGGCCCAGGCAUUUAUUAUGGCAGAGAUGCGACUUCCAUCGCGGACAGCCGUACAAGCCAGAAAGGUAUUUUGAAAACUGUAGAAAUAGACGUCGAAGAGACAGAGAUCCGUUGA